AUGAAUAAAUUAUUUCUGCUGUUGCUACUUGUUGGCACAGCAAUUGCGGCGACUCAUGUAGAUAUUUCAAUUGCACAAAAGCCUAUCACAAAUCCUGCCGAUGUCACUUAUAUAGAUGGCAAAGCACCAGUAGAACUACGUGCCGGACCUGCUGAGUAUAAGGAAGAACGUUUUGCUAGAUUGGAAGUAGCUAGCUCAUCCGAACAACCAGUGGAUCAAAAAGAGAAUGAACAAAGUAACCAAAAUACAGUACAUGUAGCUAGAGUUAGUCUUACCAAAGGUGCUGGAAAUGUUCCAUAUAAUCAACAGCAUGGAUACAAUGCACGUGCUGCAUAUAAUGCGAAAUCUUAUAAUCGUCAUUUGUAUCAACAACAACGGAGUCAACUCAGGCAACCAAAUGAACAUGACCGGCAGAAUCAAGAAUUCGAACGUUAUAUACAAAACUAUCACAGUGGACCAACAGUGGAAACGGUAUAUGAUACUGCUAGUCAAGCACCACAACGCUACCAACAGGCACCUUCUUCAUCAGCGUCAUACAUAGCUGCAGCACCUUCGUCAGCGUCAAGAUCGGAACGUUUAGUUGCUGUUGCUUCUAGACCAUCAUAUAGUCAUCAAUUCGAAAGACAAGUAGCUGUAGCAUCGGUAACGCCUUCGAUUUUACCUGCUAGUGAUACAGACAAGCAAUCUAAUGUUGUCGUUAAUCAACAAGUAAAACCAAUUGUAGAAAUCAAUGAACAAAGCACUGCCAGUGAGGUUCCUCUCUUUACCCCUCAACCACAGCCAGAUAGCAAAAAACAACAAGAUACUGGCGGUUUUGUGCAACAAAGCUUUGACCCAACUCCGAAAGGUUUCAAUAAGCCAAGUUUUGAACAACCAAGCUACAGUUAUGAUGAUACACAACAACCUGAUCUAAGUCCACAGUAUCCACCAACUGUAGAAGACUCGCAAUACGGUUAUGGAGGAAUUGGCGGUAGUGGCAGUGGUUAUUAUGGUAAUAAUGAGCAAACGAACUAUUAUGGUCAAACUAGUCCAGCCAACGUUGGUGGUGGCUAUUAUCCACAUACCGUUUAUCAACGACCAGUAGUAACAAAAACCAUACAAAUUGCACAACCUGCACUGAAAGCCAAAAAAUACGAAGUACGUCAUCCUGCUAUACAAAAAGAAUUCUAUGAUAUUGAAGAACGUGUUGUUAUAAAGCCAGCUGGUACAAUUGUAGUCGAAUUAGAACAUCCUGUAGCAAAAAUACCAAGGGGAGAAACCAUUUUGCCUUUGGGUCACCCACAUCCUGCUGUAGCGAGCGCUUAUAGUAAUGGUCAAGGUGUUAUUCAAACCGAACAAUUUAGCACGGGUUCGUAUAACGGCAGAUCUCCAGGAGGCACCGUUAAAACUAAUCAAUAUAAUCCAAAUGCUGUAUAUAAUGAAAAACCUGUGCUAGGUAGCACCACAAUUGGAUCAGCAAUAACUACAAAACCUAGCUACGAAUCCAACUCGCAAGAAGACACAGUGGAAGCCAGUUUAAAUAAGCAAUAUAAUGGCGACUCUCAAUAUGUUGAGGAACAAUCAAAUAACGAAGAUUUCUAUGUUAUCACCGAUGGAGACGGAAAUCAACAAAAGGUAUCAAAGAAAACUAUAUCACCAGCACAUGUAGAAAUAAAAAGCAAUGGGGUACCACUUAACAAUAACUAUGCAAAUAGUCAACAAAAUUCAUUUAACUAUAAUAACAACAACAAUAAUCAGCGCGGUAAUGCUGGUUAUAUACCCAAUCAAUCACAGUAUCCAGCAAAUUAUAAUGACAAUAAUCAAUAUAAGGGGGAAUAUUUUGCGGCUGAAUAUUUCAACAAAAAUAACAACAAUCAACAGGAUGCUAAGCCUGCCCGUCUACAGGAACAACCAGUGGCCCGUGAAAAUACCGAUGAUGCCCGUGUAAUGCAUGUUAUUAAGCAUGAACACAACAUCCAUCUACCUCCCGCACAGCAUAAUAUUUAUGUGAAUAGAUUGGAACAGAAAAAUGGUGCAGAUCAACAACAACAAAAUGAACGCCAACCACAGCCUGGUAAAUUUAGAGGUAAUUACUACAAUGAAGAAGCUGCACAUGUACAAGAAGUCAAACCCUUUUUGGAACAACAUAAAGGAGGUGUAGUAGUUUAUGCCUCACAAAAACCUAAACCUAAUGUUAUAUUCCAAAGACCACACUCCGAUGCUCGACGCUUUAUCUACACUCCACGUGUACCACCAAACGUACAGUAUCACGGUUUUACGAGAAAGAACGCCGGUGAUGAUGUCAACAAAGUACAGUACAGUGCACCCUACUCUAAUAUGCGAUACGUACCAGAAGAAUCUGCACGUUUGACGGAAAAUGUUGAAAGCAAUGAAAGUCAAAGUAAUCAAGAAAGCAAGGAAAGCGGUGAACAAACUGUGGAGAAACAAAAUACAGUAGUUACGGAAGGUAACGAAGAAGAAACUCAACCUCGCGCACACAUACAAAUACAAAUCCCACAGCAUCCGCAAGAAGCAGAUAAACCGAUAUUUGUUGGUACUACCAUUAGUCCACCCAUAAAGAAAGUACAUAAAACAAACUAUCAUGUAUUGCCAAAUGGUGCAGUUGAAAAAUUCACUUCUGAUAACAACUAUCAAAAGGAUAGAGUACAAUCAGUCAAACCAGAUUGUGAUGAUCAAGUCCAGGUCAGUGUAAAUGAAGAUGUUCCAUUUAAUGAAGCACAAAAUGUGAACGGUCAGCAGAAAUUCAUGCGUUUAGUUGAGUCGCCAAGUGCGAGUACCAAUAAUAAUGAUGGUAUAGUAGCUGCUGCCAUAUCUCCAGUCGGUACUAAUUUGCAAGCAGAACAUGUGGAUGUUAGUCAUAAAGGCACCUCUGGUCUUAAUAAAAUAAACACACCAAGUUCUCGUGUUAUAGCUUCGACGCCAGCUCCCAAUGAUUCUUCGUCAGUCAAUGAAAGUUUUCAUAAGCGCCGCAUAGUGGUAAAUCAUCCUUUUCAGACAGUUCGUGAGGUUGUUGAACAUGAACCCAUUACCAACUAUCAUCAAGUUCGUGUUAAUGAACCAGCAUCUGCACCAUAUUAUCAAACACAUGGAUCGCAGCAAUACGUGGUCCCGCAAAGUAUACCAGUACGCUCACAGGAUUACAAAUAAGAAGCGCAAGUGAAUUUAUGACUUUGCAG